UAUAAAAUAGUAGUUUAUGAUUACAAAUCGGUUUAAGUGCAUGAUAUAAUUUAAAAUGGCGUCUUCAUAUCAAAAUGAUUUCACACAGGAUUCGGAUGAAGUCCCUGAAAUGCAUUGUGAACAAUGUGAAUAUUUUGGUGAGUCUGUGGAAGCGGAAGGGUUUUGUGUAAAUUGUUUGGAAUACAUGUGCAAGUCUUGCUUGAAAUAUCACGCAAGACAAAAUCAACACAUACUACAGGAUAGGAAAACGAUGCCACAGGAUUUUUGUUUUGAGCAGUGUCAAGUUCACAAAAAUAGGUUUAUACGGUUUUACUGUUCAGUCUGUGAAAAAUGUGCAUGUAUUAAGUGCAGAACGAAUGACCAUAAAAAGUGUACUGGUAUUGGCCAUGUGCCAACAAUUGCUAAAGGAAUAGAAAACGGCAAAGAACUUAAAGAGCUUUUAAAAGACAUUAAUCUUAUUUCAACGGAAUUAGAUAGGACAAAGAGAAUACUAAAUACAUGCAUUCAGCAGACAGAUUUGCAACAGAAACAUGAAAAAAGAGCAAUAGAAAAGAAAAAAGAAGGCAGGAAAAUACAAUUGAAACAACUGCAACAAAUGCUUACCGAUAAGUUUGACAGAUUUAAGACGGAUAUGAUAACAGUUAUAAAUAAAAUACAAGAAGAAAAUACUGCAUGCCUAACGAUGGAACUAAACAUGUUUGAUAUAGAACAGACAGAAAAAGAGAACAAUACUUUGGCAAGCUUGGAGAAGGCUACCACGACAGGUAUCUCAAACAUGAGAUCACUUUUAGCGACAAAUGUAACCUUGAACAGUGGAGUUCAAACCGUAUUGUCUGAUUUGAAUCAGAAACAGAACACAGCUCAACGGUGUAAACUUUUCCUUGCAUUAAAAACAGCAAUGCCUUAUAUAAAGAUACAAAAACAGAAAAUGCAAGAGUUGACAACCGCAGUACAGUUGACAAGUGAUUUGCCCAAACAGACGAAAGAAAAUGUAAGGGAAUCCGAUAACGAAGCUCCCGAUACACUGACGUUGAAUGAUCUUCCAGAAAGUGUUGACGAAGAACGUAUAUGUGAUUUAUUCAGGUAA